AUGUCUCCACCCCGCAAUUUCCAGGGCCUGGAUCAAGUACGCCCAAACAGCACGAGCUCUGCGUCAACCAAAGAACCAACCAUCCACAACAUCUUUGAACCCGUAACGGGGACAUGGCAAUAUAUCGUGGCAGAUCCAUCCGCAAAAUCCGCCAUCAUAAUCGACCCGGUCUUGAACUAUGAGCCAGCCACUCAGGCCAUUACUACGACAGCGGCCGAUGAGUUACUCGCGUUAGUCAAAGGAAAAGGCUAUCAGAUUGAGAGAAUCCUCGAGACACACGCUCACGCAGAUCAUCUCACUGCAUCUGCAUAUCUCCAGCACCAACUCAACCAAACCCAAGGGUUCAAGCCGUCGAUAGGAAUCGGCAAGCGCAUCGCGCAGGUUCAGAAUCUCUUCGGUCUGCGAUACCACAUCGGCAAAGAGGAAUACGAGCAAGUCUUCGACCACCUUUUCGAUGACGAUGAGAGUUUCACCAUUGGCGGGCUCACAGCUACCGCUCUACAUCUUCCGGGUCAUACCCCGGAUCACCUUGGCUAUCAAAUCGGAGGUAUAAAACAUUUUCUGCGGCGACUCCCUCUUUCACAUAGAUAUCGGCACAGCACGUUGCGACUUCCCAGGCGGCGACGCGAAGAAUCUCUACAGCUCCGCUCGCAGGCUACUAGAAUUCGACGAAAGUGUCAAAAUCUGGCCGGGGCACGACUACCCCCGCCCGACCGGGACCCUGUGGCAUUUAUGAGUGUCGGUGAGCACAAACGGUUGAAUCGACAUAUCAAAGAUUCCAUCUCCAAGGAGCAAUUUGUCGCGAUGCGGACGGAGCGUGAUGCUAGUUUGAAUGAGCCUAGGCUUCUCCAUCAAUCGCUGCAGGUUAAUAUUCGUGGUGGACGACUUCCUGCGCCGACGGAUGCUGGACAGCGAUUUCUUCAUUUGCCGUUGAAAUUGAAUGGGUUGGAGUGGUAG